AUGCUGAAGAAAGCGAAGAAAUCUCGGCGUAAUACAGCAUUUUCAUCAAUGAAUUUGACUGUUCGAGCGGUACAUAGCGAAGGUUCGCCAUCACCUGUUGAGAUUCAUCCAUAUUCAUCAAGAGAUAACGAUGUUGGUUCAUUAUCGCAUGGUAGAAGUACACCUGAUGGAUUAUUGUUCACUACCCCAACUUCAGUUAACAUAAAUGGUGAUGAUGAUGAUGAGGAAGAAGGCGAUGAUUUCCUAUGA